AUGGACCCACGACACAGCAAUGGACGGCGCAAUAGGAGCCAGACGACGGCCGACAACGCCGACUACCAGUUCACGACGACGGUGAGCACCACGCACAGCUCGACCAGCAGCACCACGAUACGCGCCGUGACGCCCGACCCGCCUGCCCAACAAGCUGGUGGUGGUGGUGGUGGUGGUGGUGGUGCUGCUGCUGCUGCUGCUGCUGCUGCUGUGUCCGUUGCGGCGCCCGUUGUGGUGCCUGCGGUGCCUGCGGUGCCUGCGGUGCCUGCGGUGCCCGUCCCCGUCCCCGUCGCUGCGCCCAUGCGCGCCAACAGCAGCGAUACCUACACGCGCAGCAAGGAGAGCAGCCGCCCACGCACCCGCACCCUCGAGGAAAGGAGCACGUGCGACCGUUCGCCCUCGGACCUGUACCUGACGGGUUCCCGUCACCGCAUCGCCUCCGUCCACGGCAACAGCAGCCCCAGCACCAGCACCGGCACCAGCAGCGCCGCGAACGCAGCCUUCCAGAGCCUCGAAGGAGGGCUGGUCUCGAGCAUUGGGCACAUCACGACCAUCCCGGCGCCUUUGCACGCCGUCGCCAGCACCAGCACCCGCACCAGCACCAGCACCGGCACCGGCACCAGCAGCAAUCGCCGCCAGCAACAAGUCGUGCCCCCACUGCCUCCACCGCCCCCGCCCCCGCCGCCCUCGUCGCAGCAGCCGCAGCACUAUGCCCCGUCGUCGAACCACACGCAGCCCGAGUCGUGGGUCUCGCCGGUGCCCGCGUCCGACGUGCGCAAGCUGAAGACGCUCAUGCGCACGACAUGCGGCAAGAUGCAGGGCCUGCUGGCCUUCCGCCGCGGCGAGGCCAACGCCUGGGCCCUGUCCUACUGCUUCAUCAACGAAGAGGCCGGCAGCCUGCUCUACGAGCCCAAGACGGACAACGCCCACGCCCACGCCCACGCCCACCCCCGCACCCUGGUCCCCGACCUGCGCGGCUGCCACGUCAGGAGCGCCUACGACGGCGAGGCCUUCACCGCCUACCUGCACGUCACCGUCCACAACGCCAAGCUCGAGGUCCACCUGCGCCCGCCGACGCAGGACGAGUUCGACUCGUGGUUUGCUGCCCUGCUGUGCUGGCAGCCCAUGCGCCCCAAGGGCAUCCAGAACAGAAUGGCCAAACCGCAGACCCCCGUCGUCAUGGAGCGCAGGCUGGCAGACAGCAGGCGCCAUUCUGAAGUCUCCCUGCUCAAGGAGUCGCCCAAGAAGGAAGCGCCCAUCAUCAAGGUCGGCAAGAUGAUCUAUUGGGACACGAGCGUCACCUACAGCAACACAGGCACACCCAAGUCGGCCGCUGGGAGACCGCAGGCUUACCGCCUCCAGAGCCACGGCUCUCGCAGGUGGAGACGCGUCUCGUGCACGCUGCGCGAGAACGGCGAGCUCAAGCUCUACUCGGACACGGACGUCACCCUUGUGUCCACCGUCCAGCUCUCGCAGCUCUCCCGCUGCGCCGUGCAGCGCCUGGAUCCCUCCGUCCUGGACAACGACUUUUGCAUCGCCGUAUACCCGCAGUACACUGCAUCCUCUUCCUCGAUACCCCUGCUACGCCCCAUCUUCCUGUCACUCGAGUCGCGAGUCUUGUACGAGGUAUGGAUAGUCUUGCUGCGUGCUUUCACCGUUCCGCAGCUGUAUGGCCCCAAGUCGGACUCCCUCAACGACGAGGGCACCUUGUCGCCAUCGUUCGAGACCCAAGACAUGUUCCGCAUGGAGAAGUCCCUGUUCGUCAAGGUCAUCGAAGCCCGUGUCGUGCCCCCUGUCAGCCCAAAGGUGGCUCCCGGCGAGGGUGCAACGCCCAUACGACCGCCUUCCUCGGCUACCACCAACCCAGGAGGAUACCUCAUCGAAGUACUGCUGGAUGGAGAAACACGCGCCCGCACUUCCGUCAAGAACGAAGGCAACACUCCGUUUUGGAGAGAAGAGUUCGAGUUCUUGGAUCUACCAGCCCUGCACACGGCCUCACUGUUGCUGAAAAAACGACCGCCAAGCUACAACCGCAAUGAGAAGAGCUCGUACGAGAAUCCAACCGGUUCCGAUGCAUACGCGUCGGAAGGUGGUUACGCUGGCAUCUCGUUUGAUCAGACGCUAGGCAAGACCGACAUCUACCUUGACGACCUCGGUCCAAACCAGGAGCUGGAGAAGUGGUGGCCGCUGGUAAAUAUGUAUGGCAACAGUGUUGGCGAAGUGCUCGUCCGAGUCAGCAGCGAAGAGUGUGCGAUUCUGAUGGCCCGCGAUUACUACCCAUUGUCCGAGCUACUGCACCGCUUCUCGAACAGCCUGACGCUGCAGAUCGCCCACAUGGUGCCCAAUGAGCUCAGAAAGCUGUCUGAAUAUCUAUUGAACAUCUUCCAGGUUUCAGGCGCAGCUGCAGAUUGGUUGUGCGCACUUGUCGAGGAAGAAAUCGAUGGAACGCUAAAGGACUCACCCGCCAGCAGGCUCCGUUUCAGCAAGAGACUUGGAUCAAGUGAGUCGAACGAGUCGUCUCUUGGCACCUUUGGCUCUGCAAGCGACCGAGAGCUGUUUGUCCGAGACAUGGGUGUCAACGCCAAGCUGGAAGCGAAUCUGCUGUUCCGCGGCAACACUCUCCUGACCAAGUCAUUGGACCUUCACAUGAAGAGGCUGGGCAAGGAGUACCUUGAAGAGACACUCUGCGACAAGCUUCGGGAGAUCAACGACAAGGAUCCGGAUUGCGAAGUCGAUCCGAACAAAGUCUCGUCUCAGCACGAGCUGGACCGCAAUUGGAGGCGCCUCAUCAACUGCACGGAAGAGGUCUGGCGAGCGAUUUACAACUCCGUGUCAAGGUGCCCGCAAGAGCUGAGGGUGAUUUUCAGGCACAUCAAAGCUUGUGCUGAGGAUCGCUACGGCGACUUUCUUCGCACGGUCAAGUACAGCAGUGUAUCUGGUUUCUUGUUUCUUCGCUUCUUCGUUCCCGCCGUGCUGAACCCGAAGCUGUUUGGCUUGCUAAAAGAUCACCCCAAGACAAAAGCGCGAAGGACCUUCACGCUCAUUGCAAAGUCUCUACAAGGACUGGCCAAUAUGUCUUCCUUUGGCACAAAAGAAGCAUGGAUGGAACCGAUGAACGCUUUCCUUACUUCUCACCGUCUGGAAUUCAAAAAACACCUUGACGACAUCUGCUCGAUAUCGACAGCAAACUCGCCAGCACCACCAAUUCCGCCUUCGUACAGUACGCCCAUUGCCAUUCUGCAUCGCCUUCCUCCCACGUUCAAGGAGGGUUUCCCAUCCCUCCCAUAUCUGAUAGAUCAUUCGCGCAACUUUGCAAUGCUGAUCAAUCUUUGGCUCGAGAACACUACCAAGACGGCACACGAGAUUCAAGCAGGCGAUGGUGAUCUACUUCGCUUUCACAACAUCUGUGUAUCACUUAGCGAGCGCACGAAAGACUGUCUGAACCGCGCGGAACCCGCUGAGCGCCCUUCUUCAUCGCUGAGCGUUAAAUGGGAGGAGCUAAUCGAACAACUACAAGGCGUGAAUCUUGAUUCUGGACGGGGGGCAAUGACCAGGAGCCGAGGAGCAAUCAAGGAAGAAGAAUUGGAUGAUGUACCGACGUCGCCAGGCGCUGCAAACGGGGACGACUACUCGUCGUCAUCAGCCGCGACCACGCCAAUAACCAUGAAGCCACCGACCAAAACAAGGCAUCAACAGAGACCGAGCAUAUCGGCAUCUCAAAGCUCGCUCAAGAGCAAUAACUCUCAACAGAUUUCGUACAUUAACCCUUUCGCCAUUCGCGGCGGGCACGCGCCAUCAGGAAACGAGUCCAUGACCACUUCACAAUCCGCAUCGGCCUCGGCAAGUGCAUCAGCAUCAGCUGGCGAGGAAACACCACCGGGCUCCAGCGAUGGUCUACAUAUGGCUCCUGCACCAUCCUAUCCUCAAACACACACCAACCCUUCCAACUCUACUGGCUCGUUUCAACGCAGCAACCCCGCUGCACCCAUCAAUACCUCCCGUCCUGAACUCAUGUCACCCGAUUCGCAAACUCGCACCGUCCGCCUCAACACCGAAGGCAAUCCAAUAGAGACGUCUGAAAACGGUUUCAUGCACGAAGAGGAGUACACCACCGCUCUGCCAGCCUUCUCCACACAAGCGCCUAAAGAAUUGAAGGAGAAGGAGCGAAAAGAGCGUGGUUUGCGUGGCGUGUUACCAUUUCAACGGAAGAAGAAGAAGGACAAGGACAAAGAUCGUGACAGCCACAAAGGCGACAAGAACAAAAAUAUGGAAAAGGAGAAAGAUAAGGGUAUGCUUGAUCUACUUGAGAAGGAGCGUCGCGGAGACUACUCCAUAGGCAGUAUGAGAGGCAGGUCAGAGAAAGACAAGAAGAGGGAGGAACGGGACGAAGAGUUCUGA